UGUAAAAGUUCCGCUGCUAACUUUACAUUAUUAAUAAACCUCCAGAUGUGUAAUGUGACAUAUUGAAUGUGUUAUGCUCAAUAACAGUCGCAGUGAUCUUGUCGUGUGUUUUAGUCCUGACUGUAUGAGAAGUCAUUUUCUUAUUCAGGUUCCUGACAAGCGGACCAGCAGCAGUGACAUAAUCAAAAGGAAACUCCCAAUUGCAUCAUCUCUGGGUUUCACACACCACCACUCCUAACACCACCACUCUCACUAACACCAGUCCUACCAGUAAGUCUCCCAGUAAUCAGGAUGGAGCUCUGGUGGAGUUUUUCGGCUGUGACCUGGGCUCUGAUCGUCAUCCUCAUCAGUCUCAUCCUGCUGUAUGGGUACUGGCCGUACGGGUUCUUUAAGCGUUUGGGAGUUCCCGGUCCUAAACCCGUCCCGUUUUUUGGAACCAUGUUAGAGUAUCGUAAGGGAAUCCAUAACUUUGAUAUGGAGUGUUUUCAGAAGUACGGUAAGAUUUGGGGUUUAUAUGACGCGAGACAGCCGGUCCUCUGUAUCAUGGACACAGAAAUCAUCAAAACUGUCCUGAUUAAAGAGUGUUACUCUUACUUCACUAACCGCAGAAACUUCCGUCUGAAUGGCCCCCUGUAUGAUGCGUUGACCCUCGCUGAAGACGAGGACUGGAAGAGAAUCAGGGGUGUUCUCUCUCCAAUGUUCACCAGAGGGAGAAUUAAGGAGAUGUUUGAAAUCAUGAAGACACAUUCUCACUCAUUGAUAGAAAACCUGCAGAAGACGUCGGAGCGAGGAGAAUCAGUGGAUAUCAAAGAGUUUUUCGGAGCGUACAGUAUGGACGUGGUGACGAGCACAGCGUUCAGUGUCGAUAUUGACUCCCUGAACAACCCUGAUGAUCUGUUCAUAACCAACAUUAAGAAGAUGCUCACCUUUGACUUACUCAACCCCCUGUUUCUUAUCAUUGCGCUGUUCCCCAGCAUCACAGCGCUGUUGGAGAAAAUCAACGUUUCCAUUUUCCCGACUGCAGUGACUGAAUUCUUUUACUCCUCUCUGCAAAAGAUCAAGUCUGAACGUUCGGCCCAACACCAUAAGAGGCGAGUGGACUUCAUGCAGCUGAUGAUCGAUUCUCAGAAAUCAGAAAAUGUUAAUCAGAUCAACGGUCUGAGUGAUCAUGAGAUCCUGUCCCAGUCCAUGGUCUUCAUCUUUGCUGGUUAUGAGACGACCAGCAGCACGAUGUCGUUUCUCUUCUACAAUCUGGCCAGUAAUCCAGAUACAGUGAAGAAACUACAGGAAGAAAUUGAUGCAACUUUCCCUAAUAAGGCUGCAGUUGAUUAUGACACACUGGUGAACAUGGAUUAUUUGGAUGCUGCUCUUAAUGAGUCACUCAGGUUGUACCCAGUUGCCUUUCGUUUGGAAAGAGUCUGCAAGGAAAAUUUUGAGAUAAAAGGCCUUACCAUCCCUAAAGGUACUGUCGUCUUGAUCCCCACUUAUGUCGUACAAAGAGACCCUGAAUACUGGACUGACCCAGACACUUUCAACCCUGAGAGGUUCACUAAGGAGAAUCAGGAGAGCACCGAGCCGUAUACGUACAUGCCGUUUGGGUUAGGACCCAGGAACUGCAUCGGGAUGAGGUUCGCCCGCGUCAUCAUAAAGCUGGCUGUUGUUGAGAUACUGCAGAGAUUCGACGUCAGUCUUUCUGAGGAAACGAAGGUUCCUCUGGAGCUGAUCAAGACUGGAACUCUGGCUCCUAAAGACCCAAUAAAGCUCAAACUCACAAUUCGGGAAGAUAUCAAUCUCUGAUCUCAACAUUAACUCACGACACAUUAACACAUCAACUCCCAAAGGUUCAGCUGAUUCGUGCUGUGUUUUUGUAUUAUUUUUAUGCUUUUUUUCCCCUGGAGUGUUACAGUGUCUUUAACACUGAUCAUGUGUGUAAUGAUCCUACUGUUAUACAUUAGCCUUGUUUAGCACUUUUCAAUGCUAUUUGACCUGUAAUAUGUUCAAGCAUGGCUUUCUCUUAUUUACACACUUCUAAAGAGUCAGUGAAACACCAUGUAAGAGAUUAUAAUCUGUUAGGUAACUGCAGGAGCAUGCAGUAUUAAUGUACAUGUAUUUAACCUAAGAAUUUAAAUCAUUUGAGAAAACAUUUUAAAUCAAUUCAAGUUCCACCAAGAAAUAUUCCUAAAUAUUAAAUGGCCACGUCUGUAAGUAAACUGUGCUGUAAGGAUUCCACUGGUUUGGUCUCCUGUCAUAUGUUGUUUUGGGAAUAAAUCCUCCUUUAUUAUUGUGUUAAAGACUCAAGGGUGAAUCACGACAAGAGCAAGAGUAUUUUACAUUAGUAACAACAGUAUAGUACAUAAUCAGGUUAACAAAAAUACCCCGAAAUAUGAAAUGUUCUGUGCUUCUCUGUUCAUAUUUGCUGCUUAUCCUAGACUGUGUCGUCCCAGUUUACCCAGUCUGUCGCUGACCACUAUUACACUCUACCACGUUGUGUAU